AUGGAUUUUGACAAAGUCCAACAGUUUCUCCUGAAACAGGAAUGCAAUCUCGAGUUCAGGAUGAAUGUCCCAUAUGCCAGUCACCACGGGGGAGUCUGGGAACGCCAGAUUCGUACCAUCAGAUCCAUACUGUCUACAAUUCUGCUGAAAUCUGGAACACAACUUGACAAUGAAUCGCUGCAAACGUACCUGUAUGAAGUCGUGGCUAUAAUCAAUGGUAGGCCACUGACUACAGACGACCUGGAGGAUCCAGACUCCUUGAUGCCACUCUGUCCGAAUCAGCUACUGACUAUGAAGUCACGGGUGGUAAUUCCACCGCCUGGAGACUUCCCACGAGAAGACUUGUUUCUGAAGAAGCGUUGGCGCCGAGUGCAACAUCUGGCGAACGAAUUUUGGACCAAGUGGCGCAGAGACUACCUAAACAAUCUACAGCCAAGACAGAAAUGGAACCGAAAAGAGCGUGAUUUCGUCAUUGGGGACGUUGUUAUCGUGAAGGAUGAUGAUCUGCCAAGAAACCAGUGGAAACUGGCCGGAAUCAACAAAGUCUUCGUUGAUGAGGAUCAGGUCGUUAGAACAGUCCGCCUCGCUGUCGGAAAUCGAUCCUUGGACAACAACGGCAAACCAUUACAACAGACCACCUAUCUUGAGAGACCUAUUCAGAAACUCGUCCUUCUCCUUGAAUCCGAUCCACAGAAAUCCGUCAAUCAGCCAAAAGGACCUGCUGAUCAACCCGAGUAA